AUCACAAUUCACCAAAGCCAACCCUUCCCCACUCACUUCUUGGUUGUCUUACCAUCUUAGAUUCAAACCCAAUUUUUUGCUUUUGUCUUCUUCUCUGCAAAGGUCCUCAUUCUUCAGACAAGAAUCUCCAGGCAUUCACAGACAGCACAGAUAGAUCUCUCUACUUGCUGUCCAUCUUGACCAGAGUAUCCUAAAAAUACCAAGCAUAUAAACAGCAAUGCAGAUUUUCCAUUGGUUCUUUAAGGUAGCUCCUAGUCCUUCCAACAAGGAGACUUCAAAUGAUCAAGAAGCCAUAUCAAAAGAUAUAAUUUUGUUCGAGUAUAGAAGAUCAAAGAGCAAUAAGAAGUUCAAGCCAUUUACAUUCAUAUGCACAAGGGAGGUUGCAGAGGCUUGCUUCUACAGCAGCAUUUAUUUGAAUAGGGUUGGUAGCUCCGAGAGAAGACAACGUUCGGUUUACCCUAAGAAAAUGAAGAAAGGAGAGGUUGCUAAAGGCCUAGCAGGUCACAAGGCAGCAGAUUCUGCAACUACUCAUGCCGGAUGCAAAGUUUUGCCACUAAGCGAGGUGGCAAUGUCAUCCUCGGCCACCACCACUUCCAACGAUCAAAGCAACACCGCCGGUAAGAAGAAAGAUAAAAUCAAAGAAAAUAAAACCAAAGCCAUCUCUAGAAUGAAGGAGCUCUUGAGAUGGGCUGCAGCAGCAAAAUCAGAGAAAGGAGUAAAGGCCUUUAGCAAAAAGGUUCUGCAUUUCCGUAACAGGGGAAACCUGAAGGCAGUACCGGAUUACGAUCAGCUCAGCAAUGAGUCUCCCAAGAUCAGUUUCCGGUGGGAGGUGGACAGCUGCUCCACCACUUCCUCCGUCUACUCUGGGAUUUCAAUGGCUUCUUCCUCAAGAAACUAUCAAAGUUGCAACAUAGCAUCAUUGAAUUCAACUCCUUUAUAUGACAUGAAUAUCUCUGCCCCCAGGAAAGGAAAUUGGAUCACUACAGAUUCCGAGUUCGUCGUGUUAGAACUAUGAAGAAUCCAUGUUUCUAUGGGCGAAUCGGGUAUAUUAGUGUAGAAGAAACAAUAACCCUAGUUGAGUUUUCGUAUUUGUCCUGUAAGAGAUAUUUUUAAGUGUAACAUCAAUGUAAUGAAUUUACGAAAUGUAGCAUGACAGCUUUGUUAAGAUGGCCUACAUAGAUAAUUAACUUGUCCAAUGCUUCAACUUCCAAGUUAUUACAUGGGAAUUUUUGGUGCAUGUCGAUUGGGAAUUAUGAGGGGAUGAUUUUAGAAUUGAUGUAAUGUAUGAAGGUCGAUUAACCUUGUAAUAAAGGUCUAAGGAAAUG